AUGCCUCUCCGUCGCCCGCCGAGCCGCGCCGAGCUGCGUCGACGCCCGCCGCACCUCCGCCGCACCCCCGCCCAAAGAUCCGCGUCCCUCCGCACACGCCGCCGCACCCCCGCCGUGGUCUUCUCCACCGUUUUUGCCGGCCACAACUCCCAACCGAUCGCACCCAACUCACCCAGCUCACCCACCAGUUUCUUCUUCUCCCCAAACGCACGAACAAACCACCAAUCCUUCCAAACCCUAACCAGAUCGAACCCCGCCGUCGCGGCGGCCGUGCUCGCCGCCGGCACGCACGUGCAUCCCUGGCCGGCACUACGCGUCACGCACGCCGCCGCCAGGACGCACGCACGCCCACUUCCUCCCGUCGGUGGCCGCCAGAUCCGCCGGAUCCGCCGCCGCCGACAGGAGCGCCUUCAGCGUGCCGGUGGAGGACGGACGACGGCGCGGUCGCUUUGGCACCUGAUCUUCACCACGCCGGCCUCCUCGCCUUCUUCCCCUACGACCUCGUCAAGGACGCGCGCCGCGCCGCCGCGGUCCGCGCCGACAACGGCCGGGUCUACUUCAUCUAGGAGAUCCUGCGCUUGCUCCACUACGCCGACGCGCACGUCGGCCUGCCCGUGCGGGACGUGGUCAUCGCACACGCUCAAGGCCGGCGUCGAGGUUGGUGGGCAGAUCUCGCGGGGCUCCGUCAACCUGGCCUGCCGGUGUCCGGUGCUUCUGCCAAGUCACGGAUGCUGCCGACGCCAAGCUCCCCGAGCCAGUGGCCGCAAGAUCCGCACCAAUGCCUGGCCUCUAUCCCGAUCUUCUCCUACACAAGGCCAGGCGACGCGCGCGCAGCAACCUGGGGCUUGAAGACUUGAUCAUGCAGUGGAGCUGGUUGCCGUGGCCUGGCGCGUGGUCGCGCCGGCUCCGACGAUGAGAAGAUCGGCGACCGACGAGCUCGUGCAUAGGCGCCCGGCGACCUCGUGCAAGGGCGCAGCGGAGCGAGACGGACCGUAGCGAUGCGGACUCGUGCAAGGGCGCAGCGGAGCGAGGCGGACCGUAGCGAGGCAGACUCGUGCAAGGGCGCAGCAGAGCGAGGCGGACUCGUGCAAGGGCGCAUCGGAGCAAGGUGGACCGCGGCCAGAUCCCUAGCGAAAUCGCGGAUCGCAGCCGGAUCGAGCGCACGAUGUGAAUACAAUUGCAGCCGUGAACUAUUUUUUUGUAAGCAUUGUAAUAUAUUAUAAAUAUUUCUCUUCUAAUAUAAUAGCAGCAGGCAGCAGGCCUGCUUUUUUUUGUUUUACCAAAUAAAUAGCAGUGGCGCACCAUCCACACAAUGCGCUAUUGCUAAUGAAUAUAUAGUGGCGCACUCGAUGGACACAAUGCGCCAUUGCUAAGGAAUAUAUAGUGGCGCACUGGAUAGACUUUCUAA